GAGCGGCGGGAGCCCCGUGAGGCGGGGCGGAGGGAGGGAGGGGAAGGCGGCUCCGCACAGCCAAGAUGGCGGCGGUGGAGCUGGAGUGGGUGCCCGAGACGCUCUACAACACGGCCAUCUCGGCCGUCGUGGACAGCUACGGGCGGGCGCGGCGCCGCGACAUCCGCUCGCUGCCCGAGAACAUCCAGUUCGACGUGUACUACAAGCUUUACCAACAGGGCCGCUUGUGCCAGCUGGGUAGUGAAUUCUGUGAGCUAGAAGUUUUUGCAAAGGUGCUACGAGCUUUAGAUAAAAGACAUCUGCUCCAUCACUGUUUCCAGGCUCUGAUGGACCAUGGAGUCAAGGUUGCUUCUGUCCUGGCCUAUUCCUUCAGCAGACGGUGCUCCUACAUUGCAGAGUCAGAUGCUGCUGUGAAAGAAAAAGCAAUCCAGAUUGGCUUUGUGUUAGGGGGGUUCCUGUCAGAUGCAGGCUGGUACAGUGAUGCUGAGAAGGUUUUCCUUUCCUGCCUUCAGCUGUGCACCCUCCACGAUGAGAUCCUCCACUGGUUCCGUGCUGUGGAGUGUUGUGUGAGGUUGCUGCACGUUCGGAACGGGAACUGCAAGUACCACCUGGGAGAGGAGACCUUCAAGCUGGCCCAGUCCUACAUGGAGAAGCUGGCCAAGCACGGGCAGCAGGCCAACAAGGCAGCGCUCUACGGGGAGCUCUGUGCCCUGCUCUUUGCCAAGAGCCACUACGACGAGGCCUAUAAGUGGUGCAUAGAAGCCAUGAAGGAAAUCACAGUUGGGCUGCCUGUAAAAGUAGUGGUGGAUGUGCUACGACAAGCAUCCAAGGCCUGUGUGGUGAAGCGGGAGUUCAAGAAGGCUGAGCAGCUCAUAAAGCACGCUGUGUACCUUGCCAGGGAACAUUUUGGAGCCAAGCACCCCAAGUACUCUGACACGCUACUAGACUACGGAUUUUACUUGCUCAACGUAGACAAUAUCUGCCAAUCUGUUGCCAUCUAUCAGACAGCGCUGGAUAUCCGGCAGUCAGUAUUUGGAGGUAAAAACAUCCACGUAGCUACAGCUCAUGAAGACUUGGCUUAUUCCUCAUAUGUUCACCAGUACAGCUCUGGGAAAUUUGACAAUGCACUAUUCCAUGCUGAACGUGCUAUUGGCAUUAUCACUCACAUUCUCCCAGAAGACCAUCUCCUUUUGGCCUCUUCAAAGAGGGUUAAAGCACUUAUCCUGGAGGAGAUUGCCAUAGACUGUCACAACAAGGAGACAGAGCAGAGGCUGCUGCAGGAGGCUCAUGACCUGCACCUCUCCUCACUCCAGUUGGCUAAAAAAGCCUUUGGGGAGUUCAACGUGCAGACAGCCAAACACUACGGCAACCUGGGCAGACUGUAUCAGUCCAUGAGGAAGUUCAAGGAAGCAGAGGAAAUGCACAUCAAGGCAAUCCAGAUCAAGGAGCAGCUCCUAGGGCAGGAGGAUUAUGAAGUUGCCCUCUCCGUGGGCCAUCUCGCCUCCCUCUACAACUAUGACAUGAACCAGUAUGAAAAUGCUGAAAAGCUUUAUCUGAGAUCCAUAGCAAUUGGAAAGAAGCUUUUUGGUGAAGGAUACAGUGGACUUGAAUACGAUUACAGAGGUCUCAUUAAACUGUACAAUUCCAUUGGCAAUUAUGAGAAGGUGUUUGAGUACCACAACAUUCUGGCCAACUGGAACCGCUUGCGGGACCGGCAGUUCUCGGUGACGGAUGCGCUGGAGGACGUCAGCACCAGCCCCCAGUCCACGGAAGAAGUGGUCCAGUCUUUUCUGAUGUCUCAGAACCUCGAUGGACAGAGCAGCUAAGAACUUGGUCAAUUAACCAGUUAAGGUUUUUUCCCCCAGGUUACAGGGGGAAAAGUCAUACUGUGAAAUCUCUAAACCAUGUAGUUCUCUGGGGGCUGGAAUUUGCAUUGAAACACUGGUCCAGUCUGCUGAAGAGUGCCCAUACGGAUGAAUGUGUGUUAAAUUCCUCUCAGCAUGUGUAUGGCAUGUUUAGUUCGGCUCACAUUUUUAACUUGGUAUUCCCAAAAAAAAAAAAAAACCCCUUCUUUCUCUCUUCUUUCAAAAGAAGCUACUUUGCAGAAAGUCUGCAAGAAAACAUUAAAUAAAACUGUUUGAGUUCAAAA